UAAAGAAAGUAUAUAUUUUGAGUUGGAAACGCACUCGCCAGUACUUUGUAAAGCCUUGAAUGGUAUGUCACGGCAGUGAGUAAAAUACCAAGUAUCGCUGUGAUAAGGGAAUCAGUCACUGUUCACGAAGCUGCAGCUAAUACAGAAAACUUUUGCGUUGUUGGAUGACAUCAAAUCGCUGAGGACGCAAGAGAAUGACAAGUCGCCUGUGUACCGCUAGUUUCCUGCUGCUUAUGCUGUUGGUAGCUUGCAAUGCCCACCAAAAGAGGACAAACGUCAGGAGACAGGGUAAUCUCAAGAAGCACCCGACACUGUUAACCAGCAAGACGGUAAAACACGUCAACUCGGGCAGAGCAGUUCUGGCAGGCAGCAGAAGGACAAAGAGUGGAGCAUCAAGCAGUCCAGAACUAGUGACCCUCAAGGCGAUCAAAGUGGCCACAUUCUACUUCUCUAACGACACAGAGGAACAGCAGCUGAAGGACAGCGGCGCCUACGACAGCAAAUCGGUGUUACCGUAUGACGUAACAGCGGACGCAGAGAGCCGCAGCCGACUGUUCGUGACGACACCGCAGGCGAGGCGCGGCAUCCCGGCCUCCCUGAGCACUGUGCCGUACGACGAGGCCGCGGACGCCUCCCUGACACCCUACCCCAGUCUGGAGCUUCACCGCACCACGGAGGACUCCAUCACCGACUGCCACUCGCAGCUGGUGUCCGUCAUCACCACCACGAAAACAUGGAUGGAUGACGACACGCUGUACGCCCUUGACACUGGCGUUCUGGACAUCACUACAAGUCCUAAUCAUGUCUGUCCACCCAAAAUUGUGGCUUUCAAUCUGUUCACCGAUGGGGUUAAAAGUACGACAGUUAUCGAGAAUUCAGCAUGUAACUCGCUGUAUACAGUAAUUGUGGUGGAGGAGUGUCCAGCCGGCAGCCUGGUUGCCUACAGCGCCGACUCGCUGAGCUUCCGGCUGACAGUUACCGACCUCGUCAACGGAGACUCCAAACACCUCCAGAGUCAGUACUUCUACCCCAAGCCCGGAUUCCUCUUCACUAAGGCGGGUGGACCGUCUGUUUUCCUCCCGUAUGGACUGUGCGGUCUGUCAGCAGAUAACAACUGCGAUGGGAAACUCUACCUGCAGGCCUUCGCUAGCGAUACUCAGGAUGUUUUGGACAAGGAGCUCAUCCACAACUCGAGCGACGGGGACGUCUUGGACACCAAAGCACAGUUGGCAUUACCUGGACGACUCUCGGGUCCCAACGGCCCUGUGGCUGUGGACCCAACUGGCCAGCUGGUGUUCUUCUCCAUAGAAGACGACCUGGCCGUCUACUGUUGGAACACAAGCAAGGAGCACGAUCCAAAGAACUUCCGUAUCAUCGCUCAAGACGACGAACGUUUACAGUAUAUUAGCAGCUUGAAGAUAGAUCGUGGCUCUCAACGAAUGUAUAUACAAAGCAAUCGGUUCACAAAGUACUUGUCCAAUGCUACCGACUACUCUGAAGAUAACUAUUACCUUUUAUACACUUCCAUAGACGGUUUACAAUGUUAGAUCAUCAAACCAGUCAAUUUAUGUUUCAGGAGGGAACUAAAAGACAAAUAUCUCUUGUAUUCACAAACUUACGUAUCAACUGCAAAAUGUAACAGAGAUAAAGCAGCAUGAAAUGUAUAUCUAUAUCGUUUGCUCACACAACCCACUCAGUGAAAAUCUAAAACUGAAGUCUUUCCUUCGUCCAUUACACGGAGUCUUACACCCGAAUAGAAGAUGUCUUUUGGUAUCUUGCGUGUGUAUAAAUUUCGUAGUACAAAAUAAUCGCAAAUAGAUAUAUUCUGCGACCUGACGACGGAGUUGCUUUGUGUCAGACAUAGCACCAAUGAGAAAAAUUAAAUUUUUAUCCAGCACAUGGUUCAGCGAAAUCUCGUCACAUUAUUUACUAUUUAAAAAUAAAAGUGUCCAAUGUUAGAGCAGAAUUUGGUCAAGGGCACCAUAUAUUCUUUCUCUAAGUGAGUAAAUUGUGUAUGAUUUUGUUUAACCAGAAGGCGUAACUGAUGAUUUUCUUCAGACGAUAGAGCUGUUAUUGGCUAAACAAGAAAAGGGGGAACCAUGUACCAAGAACUAAAAUAUUUUGUAGGGAACAUUAUUACAUGAUAUUCUUGAGGAGAAAGGAAACAACAUGAGUGAUUUGGUUUGUAAUUAUGGUGUGGCUCCGUAGCUGACACAAACUGGGCAGUCUUCCACCAUAUUGGCCCAAAGACAACUUUUUAGAGAUAAUUGCCGUAUUUUAUUUCAAGGAGAAAUUAACAAAAGGCUAUUUCUCAAAUUGAAACGUUUUCAAAAUGUAUGUAUUUAUUUACCUAAAUAUAAAUUUCUGGCGAUCAGUAUGAAUUUCCGGUAGCUGUUGAAAAUUUUAUAACUGGUUUUAUAUUGUAAAUUUGGUUAAAUAAUAAAGAAUGCCUUUUUUAGUUUAAAAUUA